UGCGCGCCUGGCUGCGCGUUCCCGGUGGACUGUGUGGAAGUUUCCCUUCAAGUUGAGGAAGACGAGAGGAGGACUGGAGCGAGUCACCGGGAGAAAAGGAGAUAAAGAAAACCAAAAAACUGGGAUGGAAGCGUUGAUUUAGGAAAGUUUCAUAUAAAAUUAACCCUUUGCUUGUUGGUGUUUGUGGAGUUACCCUCACUGGACUUGGAGAAGCGGAGGCGUCAAAGGCAGGCUGGACUUAUUGAUGGACCUUUGAACUAGAGCUCAUUGCAAACUGGAAAAGACGUCACCGACUGACGGGGUCAGAGACUGGUUAUCACCCCUCCCUUUUACACCCAGACAGCCUCUAUGCUCAUCAACCUGACUGUGGCCAUCAAGGAAUCUCGUGCCUUUCAUGGAACACAGCUUGCCCAUCCUGACGCUGUGGAAGUGACAGCCAUGGAUUCGCGUCCAGUGCUGGUCACCCCUCCGCCGCCUACCCUAGCACCUCCACCACCUCCGCCUCCACCCCCUCCUCCUCCUCCUCCUCCACCCCCACCUCCACCGUCAGCGUCCUCCUCGCCGUUUAGCCGGACGGACAGCGCACGUAGGAGCCGCUUGAGGAAGCUGAACUGGGAGCGUAUCCCCAAAGAGAAAGUGGAAGGGAGGAAGAGCGUAUGGACCGGGGCAGCUCCAGGUGAGGACGAGAUCCCCAUAGACCUCCAUUCUCUGGAUGAGCUGUUCGGUCAGAAGGACAGCAAGCCUCAGGACAGAACUAGCACCCUGAGACGCAGGUCUGCUCUGCUGCGCUGCAGAUCCCCCCAGGACAGCUCGGAAGAGAUCUCCCUGUUGGACUCCAAACGCAGUAUGAACAUUGGAAUAUUUCUACGGCAGUUCAAGAUGCCUCCUAAGGAGAUAGUUGAGGAUAUCAGGCAGGGUGCCGGGGACCGUUAUGGAGCCGAGAAGCUCACAGAGCUCUGUAAAUUGCUGCCGGACAACGAGGAGGAGUCUCGCCUGAGGAGGUUCAGUGGGGAGCGGAGCUGGCUUGGACAGGCCGAUCUUUUCAUCCUGCUGUUGGUGGAAGUCCCCAGUUUUCGGCUGCGUCUGGACGUCAUGAUCCUGCAACAAGAGUUUGACCCUGCUGUAACCUCUCUGUGUGUGGCAGCCAGAUGUCUGAGGGAGGCGGCCAGAGAACUGCUGAGCUGUCCUGAAUUACACUCCAUCCUUCGUUUGGUGCUGAAAGCAGGGAACUAUAUGAAUGCUGGUGGAUAUUCAGGGAAUGCCGCUGGUUUUCGAAUAUCAUCGCUGCUUAAACUGGCUGACACCAAAGCCAACAAGCCGGGCAUGAAUCUGCUACAUUUUGUAGCUAUGGAAGCUGUGAAGAAGGACCAGAGUUUACUCUCAUUUCCCAGCCAACUAGGCCAUGUUGGCUCCGCCUCUAGGUUGUCCGAGGAGUCUGUGCUGGAGGACUUGUCCAAGUUAAAAAGCAGAGUCGUGGCCCUCAAGGCAAACAUCCAGACUGAGGCAGAGAUUCAGCAGCAUACACAACCUUUCCUAGAGGUGGCUGAGGAACGUCUGAAGGAGGCAGAGGAUGAGGUGGAGGGCAUGAAGAUGUCUAGUCAGGCUCUGGUAGAAUUCUUCUGUGAAGAUGACAGCACCUUCAAACUAGAGGAGGCAUGCAGGGUCUUCCAUUCAUUUUGCCACCGCUUCCAAAGGGCUGUCCAGGAGAAUGCAGAGCGGGAGCUGAAGGAGCAGAAACGUUUGGAACGUCAGCGUGAGAUAGGAGAAAAGCGUCGCUCUCUGGCUGUCUGUACAGGGCUGGACAUGGGCCUCAGCCUUGCCAGAGAGCCUCAAAGUCAGGAAAACCAAGAUGAGCUGGAGAAACUCCUAGAGAAGAACUUGAGCUACACUUGGAAUCGACGUAGCUUGAGAAGCUCGGACUCUCGCAGACUUUCCCAAAACCUCCACAAUGAUACCCACCUCCAUAACUCAUCCAUGCUCAAGAGCUUCCCCGAGCUGGGCAGCAGCCCAACGUCAACCAGUUAUCACUCUAACAGCUCCUCUGACCAUGAGACUGACAGAACAUGUUCCCCCAUUGACCAAGAACCUGUUCUGGGUAGAGGGAGCAGGUCUCAGCACAGCGUGGGUGCAGUUCAAGACUCACACGUUGCUACAUUUAGUCAUUCUCAGCAUGGACGUAGCUUCACAGUCAAGCAUCACGGGACUGACAGCAUUUCUUAUUUGCUGCAAGACAAACCGCAGGCAACAGGACUUGAAAAAGAAGCUGAGACUGCACAUGAACACGUUGUUUCAAUGACCACUGAAUCUUCACCCAGUUCCUGUACAAACUCUGCUGCUAUCCCCACCGAAACACCUGCUCUUUGUGUUAAAGGCCAGACAUCCACUCAUAGACAUAGGUUUGGUUUGCCGGUGACAAACAAUACUUGCUCUGUUCAGAGUAAAUCUAAUGACUCUUGUUUCGAUGAGUCUGUACCUCACUCUAUUCAUACAAGUGGAAUACUUUCUCACAGUGACUCCCGGGCUAGGUCGUUAAGGUACCAGAGGUCUGAGAACCAAUCACCGUCAUCUGUUAAUGUACCAGAGAGGUCACAACCACAGUCCAGAGAGAUUCCCACCAUAACACCAACACCAACACCAACAACUGCUGUGAUGCCUGAUGAAGGUUUAACAAAGCACACUAACACUGAAGUGGUGUCUACACCUGUAAAAGAGAACUGGAUGCCCUCCAGUCUACCGGAGUUCAGCAAAUCACAGCCAGAGGAAUACUCCGACUUGCCAGAUCCUGAGAGGGAGACGGCUAGGUCAUACUCCCGUGUGGGGGAAACACUGGAGUGCCACACUCUGGUGAAAGGCCUCCGAUCCUAUGACACCUUGUCACCCCCUACAUCCCCGCUCCCACGACCUGCACCAAGCCUCUGCUCCAAGUGGAGGAAAGAGAGAGAGGUUGACCUUCGAGAAGGGACAAAUCCAGGGUCUCCUACAUCAAAGGAGGAGGCUCGAACUAUGAAGAUCCCCGUACGUAGUGGAAUAGGGGCCAAAAGGGGACUUGUGUCACGCCCGGGACCCUCCAAUAGCACGGGCAUUCCCAGGGUGCGCUCCAAAACUGAGUCUCCAAAUGGAACCACAACCCCUGCUAACCCACCCCCUCCCAGCCGGUUAUCUACCCCACGCAGCAUAUCCAUGCGCUCAUCUCCCAUCACACGGCCUGCUGCUGUUCAGACAGAGGUAAAACGCAGUAAUAGCACACGGGAGAGGACUGUGAGUGAGACACAGACUCCAGGGAAGCCCACUUUGACCCGCAGGACCUCAGACAGAUCUUUGCCAGAGAAGGUCUCAGGCAGCACCCAGCCAGCGUUCAUCAGAGGAAGUCCUCUGCGUGUAUCAAAACGACUCGCCCCUAACUCCGAGACUCAGGUGCCCUCCCAGCCUCGCACUACCCACAGCCCGUCCUCCGCCACUGCCAAGACCAUUCGCACAGCUGUCAUAUCUGCUGCCCGAAAUAAAACUGCCAAGACAACAAGCACGAGCACCUCUCCCACUAGCUCUAAAAUCCCCACAGCUUCACGGAUACCUGGUCCCAAAAUGCCUCGUGCUACUGCAGCUCAGCCACUUUGGAGGUGAUGGAAGUGGAUAAGUGCCUGUACUGUGCAGUUUUAUUCAUACUUCUCUUGUCUUAUGGGUUUCAGUUUAAAAUAUACAGUGUGACCAUCAGUCAGAUUUCUGGUCUUCAAUCAUCUCUCUGUCGUCUAAAUGCAAUUUAUAUGAAAUGUGUUUGUAGUUUUGAGUGUUUAGGUUCUACGUAUGUGAGAGGUGGCUGCACUGGGAGUAUUUGGGACACUUUAUCUCAUAUGCUUCACCCAGUAGUAGAGUAGUACAUCCUCCAAAUCCUACCUCUUUUUACGUAUUUGUGUCCUUUGCAGGCAAUAGGACACCACAAUAAGACCCAUAGUACAGUAACUUGUAUAUGUAGAAACUGUUCAUUCAAACCAGUAAAACACAACCAAGUGCCUAGGCCAGUUCAAGUGCGCUUUGAAAUAAUUGUAAUUUCAGUCACCGUUUCAAUUUCUAGCGUGGAAAAAAAGUUGUUGUUUUUUUAAAUCUUAGGCAAUAGUACAAAUGUUUUGAAUACUGUGACCAUUUUGCUAAGGGAUCACAGUGUUCUCACACUUGGAUGUCUUAAAGUGUGAACUGAAGUCGGUACAAAAUUGAACCUCUUGUUGAGAGGCCUCAUUGUUCUGAUGCACUUUACAAACUGAAGAAGAGGCCGUGAUGAGAUGAUUACUGUAAUGUUUGUAAUUUUUAUUUUAUGUCAAAAGAUUCUAUAACUUUAUUGAAUAGCGUUGGUUGUUAUUCACUGUAUUAUGUGGAUUUAUAAAUAAGAGAAGAUGAAUAAAGAUUGUGAUCUGAAUAUUAGUCUGAGAAAAUUCUCAUCUGUUGUAUUAAAAAGUACCGGUCUGUGUUGUUGAUAUAUG